CCGAGACACCGCAUCGGCUGCCAGCGCGGGUCCCCGUGUGUCUGGAUGGCACCGCAGGCUGUGUGUGUCGUGACGAGUGUGUGGGUCUGCGCGCGUCGGUGUGCGUGGCGUGUCCGCGUCGGAGUCGAGGAGGCCCGGGCCGCGAGUGUCCCCGAGCCCUCUACGCGCGCGCGUGUAUGUGUGUGUGUGUGUGUGUGCGCGCGAGCGCGCGCGCGCCGCGGCGAAGGUGGGUCCGCGUCCUCCGCAGCCCGCCCGACCCGGGCCCCGCGACCCGCCGCGGCGGCCGCUUGCUCGGCCUCCCCUCGCGCGGGGCCGGGCCGGGGAUGGAGCCGCAGCCGGAGCCGCCGCAGCCGGGGCCCGGGCGCGGAGCGGCCUGAGGCGCGGGCGGCGCGCGGGGCCGGGGGGAGGGCGGGCCGAGGGGAGGGUCCUGCGGGCCGGGGGGGCGGGCGCGGCGCGCCCCCCUCCCUCGCGCGCUCGCUCCCUCCCCCGCGCGCCCUCCCUCGCCGCCUCCUCCCGCCGCCUCCGGCCCCCCCUCGCCGGGGACCGAGCGCGCUCGCUCCGGCGCCGGCCUCGCCUCCUCGCAGCAGCGCCAUGGAUGAGUUCCACCCGUUCAUCGAGGCGCUGCUGCCUCACGUCCGCGCCUUCGCCUACACCUGGUUCAACCUGCAGGCGCGGAAGCGCAAGUACUUCAAGAAACACGAGAAGCGAAUGUCGAAGGACGAGGAGCGCGCGGUGAAGGACGAGCUGCUGGGCGAGAAGGCCGAGGUGAAGCAGAAGUGGGCGUCCCGGCUGCUGGCCAAGCUGCGCAAAGACAUCCGGCCCGAGUGCCGCGAGGACUUCGUGCUGGCCAUCACCGGCAAGAAGGCGCCGGGCUGCGUGCUCUCCAACCCCGACCAGAAGGGCAAGAUGCGCCGCAUCGACUGCCUGCGCCAGGCCGACAAGGUGUGGCGGCUGGACCUGGUCAUGGUCAUCCUCUUCAAGGGCAUCCCGCUGGAGAGCACCGACGGCGAGCGCCUGGUCAAGGCGGCGCAGUGCGGCCACCCGGUGCUCUGCGUGCAGCCGCAUCACAUCGGCGUGGCGGUCAAGGAGCUCGACCUCUACCUGGCCUACUUCGUGCGCGAGCGAGACGCGGAGCAGAGCGGUAGUCCCCGGGCAGGGAUGGGCUCCGACCAGGAGGACAGCAAGCCCAUCACGCUGGACACGACCGACUUCCAGGAGAGCUUCGUCACCUCCGGCGUGUUCAGUGUCACCGAGCUCAUCCAGGUGUCCCGGACACCCGUGGUGACUGGAACAGGACCCAACUUCUCCCUGGGGGAGCUGCAGGGGCACCUGGCAUACGACCUGAAUCCAGCCAGCACAGGCAUGAGGAGAACGCUACCGAGCACUUCCUCCAGCGGGAGCAAGCGGCACAAAUCGGGCUCGAUGGAGGAAGACGUGGACACGAGCCCCGGCGGCGAUUACUACACCUCGCCCAGCUCUCCCACGAGUAGCAGCCGCAACUGGACGGAGGACAUGGAAGGAGGCAUCUCGUCCCCGGUGAAGAAAACAGAGAUGGAUAAGUCACCUUUCCACAGCCCGUCUCCCCAGGACUCCCCCCGCCUCUCCAGCUUCACCCAGCACCACCGGCCUGUCAUUGCUGUGCACAGCGGGAUCGCCCGGAGCCCUCACCCCACCUCGGCCCUGCACUUCCCCACGACCUCCAUUCUGCCCCAGACGGCCUCCACCUACUUCCCGCACACGGCCAUACGCUACCCACCUCACCUCAACCCCCAGGACCCGCUCAAAGAUCUCGUGUCGCUGGCCUGCGACCCAGCCAGCCAGCAACCUGGACCGUUAAAUGGAAGUGGUCAGCUCAAAAUGUCCAGUCACUGCCUUUCUGCUCAGAUGCUGGCGCCCCCGCCCCCUGGGCUGCCGCGGCUGGCGCUCCCCCCUGCCACCAAACCCACCUCCGAGGGAGGAAGCACGUCGCCGACCUCGCCCUUCCUGGUAUCUGGGAUAAGAAAGAUUUCUUCCCACGCCCUGCUCCUCCUUCGCGGGAAUCCCAGGGGGCCGCACAGCCGGCCCCUGGCCCACGUUUUCAGUGGAAAGUUACAGCAAGCAAGAACACCCCGCCGACUCCCAGCCUGGCCGAAAAGACAAAACAGGCACAUACGUACACACAGGAGGAAAACAAGCAAAAAGGAAAAAAAGGCAAAAAAAAAAAAAAAAAAAAAAAAAGACAAACGGAAAAAAAAAAAAAAAAAAAACACCAUAAAAAUCAACCCACCCAGCCAAGAAGACAAAAGGUGAAGACAGCAACCGUUCAGACUCUCGGGACGCCACCGCCGGACCAGAGGGCCAGGCCCAGCCACCGCUCGGAGGUCGGAGGUCGGGGCGUCUUCCUAAGUUAUUCAUCUCCUCUGGGCUGCUGCUCCGGAAGGUCGGGCGCCCGCUCCCCGCCUCCGCCCAGGACCAGGUGAGCGCGGCCUGGUGCCCCUGCCCAGGCCCCACGGGGCAGGACACCCAGCCAGGCCACCUCUGCCCGAUGUGGGCCGGGCCUCCGCCGAGUGGGGACGCAGGCGCUGUGGGGACGGUGGGCGGCCGGCGAGGACCCCAGCCGCGGGCAGCAGAGGCCGCCCUGGAGGCCCCGGGCGGGCAGGGAAGCGGCGAGGGCAGAAGAGGGUUGUGGGGAGACCCUGCGUGUCUCCGGGGGACUGGGACGCGCGGCAGAAACUUUCUCCGGAGCGUCCUGCCCCGACGCGUGCACGCGCCCGGCUGGGCUCGCUGGGGACUUGGUCUUUCAGCCCCAGGCCUGCCCUGUUUGGGAGGAGAAGUCUCUAUGCAAUUGACCCCCAGCUCCACCCCUCGGCAUUGGAGGCCACCGCACCCCGCCGCCGCCGGCCCUGCUCCACACGCCCCCCGGGGAGGGACCCACGUUGCACACACUGUAAGAAAUGCACUUUCCGAGGAAGGGGCUGGGGCGCGUGGAGAGACCCAGAGCUCCCCGGGAGGGGACACCUGUCUGGAGCCUCCAUCCACCCGAGCCUUGGGAGGGGAGCCCCCCCCCCGCCGCCACGUAGCCCACGGAGGUGGGAGGUGAGAGCGAGUGGUUUAAGUGCCUGAUUCCCACCGCCCGCCCCCCUUUGUCCAGCUGGGAUGCGAAAUGGCCGGGGGCCCCUUCCAUUCCCUCCCACAGCCCGGCUGCCUCCAGUCACUGACCCUCAUUGCUGUGUCCCCCUCAGAGGUAGAGAGAUGGGACUCCCCCACCCCACCCACGGUCGGCCCAAGGGGCAGAGCUGGGCGUCCCUCAAGCCCUGCUGCGCUCGGGCACAGGGGUGGGAUCUGGGGAGCCAGCGGGCCCUCCCUCGCCUCCUCUGCCAGUGCCUUACAUCCUGGAGCGACACCCCCUCCCUGGUGCCUCCCGGCCCAAAGGGGGACCACGGUUUGCACUUUCAACUUCCCCCCGCCGAAGUGGGGCGCAGCCAGGGAGGUGCAUUGUGGCCGGGCCCCCACAAGGAAAGCAGGCCGGUCACUGUAGUCCACGUAGGCCUGGAUGGGGUCGGGGGGGGGGGGUUCUGGCCAGGGGAGGGAGGGGCCGGCGCCUGGGGGGGUCCCCUGUAGCCACGUAGGGGACCCCCCAUCCGCUAAACGUUUUCCGUUGAGCCGCUCCAAAAACACUAAGCUGGGGACACCGGGUGCCCCCCAGCCCCGGCUCCCUGGCCCCACCCCACCUCCCGCCCGGGAUGGCCAUCUUGGGUGGGGGGCCUGGGAGGGGGUGUUAGGUGUUCCCGGGUCACCAGGCCCAGACACAGGGGCCCCUCCCAUCCCGUCCCAGGCCCAGCUGGCCUCCUCCAUGCCUGGCCCUGGGGGAAACCUCCCCCACCGCAGCCCCCCACCCCCCGCCUGGGCCAAAGCCAUCGCCCUGGGGAGGGCCUCCGCAUCACCUGCUCCCAGCCUGGCCCUUCUCCCCCUCUCCCGUGCCCCAGGCCUGGCCAGCCUCUCCCACCUUCCCAGAAACUGGACUUUCCUCCCAAACCAGCCCAAGGGGCUUGGCAAACCCACUCGACCAUAGAGAGAAAGACCCGUCCCCACCAACCCCCCUCCCAUCGUCCAGAGGCUUCCAAGAGCCCUUGGUCCGUCCGUCUGUCCCCAGGGCCCCCUCCACCGGGUGGCCGUAGGGGACCAAAGCAUGGGCCGCUCUCCGGGAGGGCAGGAGGGGGUGGGUCGUGCAGUUGGGGUAUCCGGAAGCUUCUCAGCCGGGAACCUUAGGGUGCGGGUAGGCAGGGGAGGGGAGGGGCGCCUGGCACCCCCCAGCUGCCUAACUUUGCAUGGUGCUUAGUCGGGGAUUCCUGUGACCUGGCUCCUGAUGUCAGCUCGCUGUGGCUGACACUGCAUGGCAAAUGAUACCUGGCUCUGUCUCCCCCCCCCCGCCCCCCCAGCCCCCCCCACCCUCCAACACUACCCCCUCCUCUUUAAAAAAAAAAAAAGAUACAAAAAAAAAAAACCUUAAAAAAACUCCAUGUUUCCUAAUUUGCACGGAAUUUUCUACCACAUGAUGUGCCUUGCCUUCCGAAGAUAAGUAUUACCUUUAAACAAUAUCAGCGCACAGAUAGCCGCAUGUUCUGCUCGUGUAGUUAAAAAAAAAAAAAAAAAAAAAGACAAAACAAUGACAUGAAAUAAAGAAUAAAAAUUGAAGAGGGAUGUAUUUCUAUUUGUAAAAAAAAAAAAAAAGAAAAGAAAAAAAAAACGAAGAAGAAUUAAAAAAAAAAAAAAGCAAAAUCACACGCUAAAGAAAGCAAUCCACAGAAUAAUCGCCCCACGGUCCGCACCCCCCACCCCCCACCCCCCACCCCCGGCUCCGCGUCUCCUGCCGCAUUGGGGGUGCUCGCUGGUGCUUUGCCACCCCCAGCCCCACCCCUGGGCUCCAGGGGGGUCAUUUCCGAGUCCCCUGCCCACGGCAGCAGCGGACAGACCUCAGGGGUGCACCCUGGCCCCCCGGCCGGCGGUGUCCCCAUGGGGUGGCCAUCCUGCCCACAGCCAGACUUCAUCCCACCUCUCCUGCAGGCUGGCGUCCCCCCCCCCCGUCCCCCGGCUCAGGGUCACAUUGCCAUCCCACCCCCAAGGCCCCCCUCCAGCCCCCCAGGCACCCCUUGCUUGUUGCCAAAGGACUCGCCGGCCCCCCCAUCCCUGGAGACUGGCCUUGGGCGGCCUUUCCCGUCCUGCCCUCUCCGCCCCCCCCCCCUCCCCCCCCCGGCCCCAGCACCCAGUUCUGUGUCUUCCAGCUGUGACUGUGGAAGGUAUUCGGUAUGAAGCAAACAGAAAACAGGAGCCAAACCCAAUAAUAUGCAAUAUCUGUCCGUCUGUACCUGUAGACCUAGUCCAGCCAUCGUGGGCCCAGCCCGGGCCGGCGGGGACAGGGACAGCCCGGGCACAGGCCUCCCGUCUCGUGGCUGCUGACACUGUUGUCUUUUCCUUGAGUUUAUUUCCUUCCCUUCCCUUCCUUCCCUUCCCU